CAGUAGUCUUAAAAGUAGAUUGAAUCUGCACAGUCAGUUGAUUCAGCAUGUGUUUCAGGAAGGAAAGGAUUUACCUGAAUCCAGAUUUUCAUCAAGAAAAGACUUGGCCUGUGGCACAGCUGGCAUAUUAUUGCAGUACGUCAGUAAGGAGUGAAAUUUAGAGUUUUAAUCGAAUCGUUUUUCAAAGGUGUAUGUUAGACAUUUCAGGGGAAAUGAUAACGCGACAUUUCAUUUGAAUUCGAAGCAUUGUUUCAAUGAAUUCUGAAUCCAGAUUAUUACUUUUUUUAUUUUUUGGAGUGAAUAUCACUGGUACUGAACAAAUAUGUUAAUUUACAGAAAAAAAUAACACAAUUCUGAAUGAGUAUUGUCCUUUGUCUCUUUAGUUUGGAGAAGAGCCGGGCGUGGUAAAAACAAUUAUAAAUGGUUGUUGUGGUCUAUGCAAGUUAUCAAUCCUACUAUUUCCUUGCAAAGAUAUUUCAGAGUUCAGCAAUGUCCGUGUAUUUGUCAUGUUGUGGUUGAUGAAGUUCCCUCAAAUGUCCACAUGGAGACAUUGUAGACCAUGACAUUUAUUCUUCCUCGUCGGAGGAUCACGGCUCCUCCCAGAUUCAGAGGAUGAUGAUGUUCUCAGACGUUUGGAACAAAGAGGCGUAGAAGGUGAAGGAGGAGGAUGUAGCGAUGAUUGCUGUUUCGCGCUUUAAAAUAGUAUCGUUCAUUUUCUGAUCGGGCUUCAGUUCUUGAUUUUGGGACGAUACUGAACAGAUUUCUCUAUGCAAUUUUCCUGAAUGUUUGGAAGUAUGAAUGUGCCGGCAAGAUCGAGCUCUGUGUGGAUGUAUUUCUUGUUCGUGCUGCUGGAUUGUUACUGGGAAGCGGCGAUGGGACAGCGCUCAUAUUCCGUCUCAGAGGAAGUAAAUCUGGGGACUGUUGUCGGAAAUAUCGCUAAAGAUCUGAACAUCAAUGUCCAGGAUUUGGAAUCUCGCAUGUUUCAGAUCGUUGCUGGAUCAAAGAGGAAGUAUUUUGAGGUAAAUCUAAAGACUGGUGCUCUCUACGUUAAUGAGAGAAUAGAUCGAGAGGAGCUGUGCGGUGAUGAACAAAAAUGUUCACUUAGUGUCGAAGCAGUUAUUAAUAAUCCACUGAAAUUGUACCGUAUUGAAAUUACAGUAUUAGAUGUGAAUGACAAUUCCCCUUCAUUUCUGAGCACGUCACAGGCAAUCGACAUUAAUGAAAACACAGCGGCAGGAGCUAAAUUUCCCCUGCAACCUGCUGACGAUGCAGACGUUGGAAAAAAUACUGUAAAUACCUACAAGCUGAGUCAAAAUGAACAUUUCUCUCUCGAGACACUGAAAGGAGAGACUGUCACGCCCGAAUUGGUGCUUCAGAAAGUUUUAGACAGAGAAAAACAGUCUGUGAUUAGACUCACUCUGACUGCCAUUGAUGGAGGAACACCGACUAAAUCAGGCAGUAUGACUAUAACGGUAAAUGUUUUGGACAUAAAUGAUAAUUCUCCUGUAUUCAGUCAAACUCUGUACAAAGCCAGUGUGUAUGAGAAUGCAAAGAUUGGAACAUCAAUAAUAACAUUAAAUGCCACCGAUUUAGACGAAGGCCAAAAUGGACAAGUGUUAUAUUCUUUCAGUAAAGUAGGUCGAGGGAAACAGACGGAUUUGUUUGCUAUUGAUGAAAAAACAGGGACUGUAACUAAUAAAAAGAUUAUCGAUUUCGAAGAGAAUAAUACUUUUGAGAUUCGAGUACAAGCCAGUGAUCAAGCUUUCCCACCAAUGACCUCACAUGCCAAAUUAUUGAUUCAAGUUUUAGACGUCAAUGACAAUGCUCCGGAAAUUUCUGUCACAUCACUGUUGAACUCUGUGAAAGAGGAUGCAUCCAUUGGCACCGCCAUCGCUCUUGUUUCAGUAUCUGAUAAAGAUGGAGGUAAAAAUGGGAUGGUGAACUGUAAAAUCUCCAACAAUGUCCCCUUUAAAAUAGAGACUAAUUAUAAGAAUUACUAUUCAUUGGUUGUGGAUGGUCCUCUUGACAGAGAGACUUCAUCUCAAUACAAUAUCAGCAUCACUGCAACUGAUGAGGGAAGCCCACCUCUGUCCAGUACCAGCGUUAUUAAUGUACACAUCUCUGAUGUAAAUGAUAACAAACCUCUAUUUACAGAAAGUCUAAUCAGUGUCUAUGUGAAAGAAAACAGUGCAGUAGGAGCAGUUAUCAAAACUGUUUUAGCAGAUGAUGCUGACAUUGAUCAAAAUGGUCAGGUGAGCUAUUCAUUUCUACAGAAUAACAGUGACUCACUGCCACUCUCUACAAUGUUAAACAUCAAUUCAGAGACUGGAGAUAUAAUCAGUCUGCAGUCUUUCAACUAUGAGGAGUUAAAAAUGUUUCAGUUCAAAGUUCAGGCCACAGAUUCUGGUGUUCCUCCACUCAGCAGCAACGUGACUGUCAAUGUUUUAAUUCUAGACGAAAAUGAUAAUAAUCCAACAAUUCUUGCACCAUAUUCUGAGCACGGCUCUGUCAACAGUGAGAGCAUCCCAUAUUCUGCUGAAGCAGGAUACUUUGUGGCAAAGAUCAGGGCUGUCGACGCAGACUCUGGAUACAAUGCACUGCUGACUUAUCACCUGUCUGAGCCAAAAGGAAACAACCUGUUCAGGAUCGGAACCAGCACCGGAGAAAUCAGAACUAAGAGGAGAAUGAGUGACAAUGACCUCAAAACUCACCCCUUGGUGGUGCUGGUCUCUGAUAACGGAGAACCCUCCCUGUCAGCUACUGUGUCUAUUGAGGUGGUGGUGGUUGAAAGCACCGCUGACAUCCACACUCAGUUCAGACAUGUGCCCAUAAAGGAGGACAGUUUCUCUGAUUUGAACCUCUAUCUGCUCAUCGCCAUUGUGUCGGUGUCAGUGAUCUUUCUGCUCAGCCUCAUCAGUCUAAUCGCUGUCAGAUGCCACAGAACAGACGGCAAUUUCAGCAGGUACAGCGCCCCAAUGAUCACCACCCACCCUGACGGGAGCUGGUCUUACUCCAAAGCUACUCAGCAGUAUGACGUGUGUUUCAGCUCAGACACGCUCAAGAGUGACGUAGUGGUUUUCCCCGCACCUUUUCCACCUGUAGAUGCUGAACUGAUCAGUAUUAACGGAGGAGACACUUUUACCAGGACUCAGACUUUACCCAACAAAGAGACGGUGAGUCUAUUUGGACUUUUAUGCAUCUGUAGUGGUUUCUUAUCCAUGAUACAUGUCCGACAUAGCGCUUAAUCCUCUUAACUUCCAUUAGAAAACAAAUCAAAAAAACAUCUACACACAUAUGAGUGGUCUUCUUUAAUGCUUUGCUUACAUUUAUUAUUGGCUUUAAGUGUAAAUAGAACAGGGUGACAAACUGUGACGCACUGAACUUAUUUGACUGAAUGUGUGCUUCUUGCUUCUUGCAAAUGUUCUGGGAUGUGUUUACUAUGCUUAGUGCACUGAUGCACAUCGCUUUCAAUGUUGAAGACUUUGAAAGAGCUCAUCAGUGGUCUUCAAGUAGAUCGAGUACUUACUGUCAUUUGUGAGUAGUUUUAACAAAGACAAGGACCAAUCUCGACUCACAUGUUAAUAAAGAAAAUAGUACAGCCGUAAGAAAUUAGUCACAUUACAGUACAAUGUCCGUAAUUUCCUGAAUGUAAUGAAGUUUUCAUUAAAGGGAUUGGUGGCAUUUUAGUGAAAAUUAGUAAAAUAUGUUUGACACUGGAAUAGAAGUGAUUAAACUUUUUUUGGCAUAGUUAAAUAUGGAACUGCUCAGUUUAGAUGGAAUUCGAAUUCAGAAGAAAAGUUGCUUUUGAAGGAAAUGCCACAAUCAAAGGCUCUGGAUGUUAGUUUGUAAUCGCAUGGUCUCACAAAGACAUAGAGAGGAAUGUGCUAAUGUAAAAAACAUAAGACAUGGGGACAAAAUAAUGUGAGUAUUGUGUAUUCAUAUGUUCAGCAUUUUUUUCAGAUUUCAAAACUGUUAACAUAUAAAAACGGCAAUUGGUUGUUCCUUUGGAUUCUACUGACUACUUUUUCCAACGGAUGACAAGGAAAUUGUCGCACAAACAUAGGGAUCACGAUGAUAACACCUUUUCAAUAUUUCCGACUGAAUAUUUAAGGGAGUAUCUAUGUCGGCAUAUUUGUAAUUUAUGUUUGAAACUGAAUGUAGUCCCUUCAAAUGUCCACAUGGGGACAUUGUAGACCAUGACAUUUAUUCUUUAUCGUCGGAGGCUCACGGCUCCUCCCAGAUUCAGAGGAUGAUGAUGCUUCUCAGACGUUUGAAACAAAGAGACUGAGAUGGUGAAGGAGAAGGACCGGGCGACGUUUCUUGUGGCAGGUUAAAAGCAGUUUCUUGGAAUUUACGAUUGACAUUCGUUUUUCAAUUUUUUUGACGAUAUAGCAAAAAAAAAUUCUCAAUGUAAUUUCUUUGAAUUUUUGGAAGAAUGAAUGUGAUGGGCAGAUCGA